AUUUGAAGCAAAUUCAAACAGCGCAGGUCGGGCAGCUGCGUAUUUGGCGUUGCGUGACGGGCUAGCAUUCAGCCAGCAAUUCACCUCUACAUGUUAAGAACACUCACAUUACUCACCCGCACAAGUAGAUUGGCUCUACGCUCUUCAGCUCAAUAUACGGCUAUAGGUUCACCAUCGGUACGACCUAAUCUUCGGUCCUUGCCAGUGCAAUGUCUGCAUAGCUCUGCAUAUGUGCGAGCCUCCGCCGGAGACCCCAUGCAAGGAAUUGAUACUAGUCACCCGUUCAUAAAAAAGCUUCAGAGCAAUCCUCAAAUUCUUCAGCAAUUAGCUGACUUCACUAUACUCUUGCAAGAGAAAGGAUUGGAUGCAUCCAGCGGAAAGCAGCCCGGUUUUGGACAAAUCAUGAAACUCAUGUCAGACCCGGAAGUUAAGGAAAAGGCAGCAAAGCUUGCGCAGGACAUGCAGGCAGCUGGCAUCCAGAUGGACAUGAACACCGUCAUGGAACUGCAAAAGGCAUUUGGCGGUCCACGUUCUGCCGAGGGCGAGGAACAAGAGAACGGUGGUUUGUUGAACAAGGCCAAAGGGUUUUUCAAGAAGUGAACGGGCUCUGUAUAGAUGAAAAGUCGUUUUGAAGAUCGACAUCAGCUCUCAUUUUUUUUUGUUCGGUAAUGACGAAGUUUCUCAAUAUGGCCAU